AUGGCCAGAGACGUGGAUAUGAUACUCAUGGGCAUGGUUUUGGUGGAACACAGAUCGGAAAUCCUCCAGGGUUGCAGCCCAAGAUCAUUUACUGGUGCCCUAUGCAAUGACGUGGCAACGGUAUGCAUGAUGUCGGGCCAUCAUAGUGGGUCGACUAUUCAAGUAAUUCAGCAUUUCGAGCCUAGAUCUGGGGAUUCACGGAAGCAAAAGUCUGAAAGCUCGAAGAAGGAUCCCGAAGAGAAGCGUGAGAAGAAACGUAGUUUGGAGAAAGCGUGUGUAGCUAACUCUAGUGGUUUAGGAAAGGAUAAUGCUAAGGAUGGCAGGAGUGGUUUAGAGAAGAAAACUCAUGGUGAUGAGCAGGGAAAGUGCGCCACAUGUGGUCGAACUGGACAUGUGACUCAGGAGUGCUAUGCUAAGAAUACGUCGGAGGGAGAUAAACUUGAGGGAUGCUACGAGUGUGGUGAGCAAGGACAUUUCAAGAGAGAUUGUCCGAAAGCGAAGGGUCAGAAUGCCAGGGGCAGAGCGUUCGAGCUAAAUACUGGGAAGGCACGUGACGAUCCUGCUGUUGUUACCGGUACAUUCUUGAUCAAUAACCAUUCUGCGUUCGUACUCUUUGAUACUAGAGCUGACUUGAGUUUUGUUUUGAAAAACUUUGAGCCAUUUCUGUGUUCUCCAACAAGUAAGCUAAGUAAAAAGUACUCGAUAGAACUAGCAAAUGGUAAAUUGAUAGAGACUAGCGAAGUCGUUCGUAAUUGUAGUAUUCGGUUAGACGAUUAUAGUUUUAGUAUUUAUUUAUUACCAGUGGAGCUGGGUAGUUUUGAUGUAGUGGUUGGGAUGGAUUGGCUAUCCAAGAAUAAAGCUGAGAUUAAAUGUUCGGAGAAGCAAGUGAGGAUACCUCAUCCUGGUGGUGGUGAAGCUAUAGUUGUUCACGGAGACCGAUCGACUCAAGUGUCGAGUGUUGUUAGUGUUAUGAAGAUGCUUAAGAUGUUACGCAAGGGUUAUCAUACGUUCUUAGUUAACGUAGUGGAUACGAAGGCUGAAGGUAGGAAGAUCGAAGAGAUUCCUAUAGUUCAUGAUUAUCCGGAAGUUUUCCCUGAAGACUUACCUGGAUUGCCUCAUGCGAGACAGAUCGAGUUUAGAAUUGAUCCGGUACCUGGCGCUGCACCAAUUGCAAAAUCUCCUUAUAGAUUGGCACCGUCAAAGAUGAAAGAAUUGUCGUAUCAGCUUCAAGAGCUACUAGAUAAAGGUUUCAUUCGACCAAGCUUUUCUCCUUGGGGUGCACCUGUUUUGUUCGUGAAGAAGAAUGAUUGA